GGUCGGGAGAAAACUAGUUACGUUCUUAGUCCCGCCGUAGACGUCGUGCAAGCUGCACGAUUGUGAGACGUUUGGUCGGUCGAUCGUAUCGAUCGUGUGUGGAAACGAUCGUGUCCGUGUUCGGUGAUUGCAGUAUGAAGCUCCUUUGUUUGUUGACGAUUCUUUGCGUCUGCGUGAAGAUCAGUCAUCAAAAAACGUCCCCAUGUCCGGCGGUGUUUUCGUACGAUGAGCGGGACGACACCCAUGACACCUGGUUCGGUACGAUACGUCUAAAGAGCAAUGUACCCCUGUACGGUAUCUUUGAGGACAUUAUCUUUUCCUCCCCGGUGCUGGAAUUUGGGACAUUCCUGCGACAGCACAACACGGACGAUAACGUGCACUUCCACAUCAUGGACAAAUCGUACCGCGUGCGGGCGGGUGAGGUCGUGAUCGUUAAGUUCUACGUGCGGUACGCCCCGGACAGACCGGUUCCAUUGCUGCGUCAGAUCCGGUUCAAUGGACAAAACAUUUGUACCGAAACGCGUCAAAAUCCGGUGCGUACGAAUGUACGCCCCGCCGGAACGAGCUAUGGCAAUGCGCACGUAGCAACAUCCUCUGAAACCGACGAUAUCAUUGCCGAUGUCUACACACCACCCGUAGUACAACCGAUCAAUUCCCACGUAGCGCAUGCUCCCGUAGAAUCCCAGGUACAGCCGUUGUACUCCUCGAGUGCGUCGAGCUCGUCACGCGGUGGUACGGUGACCACCCGAGCUACCGAUGCCCACCACAAUCCCGCACACACUGGCGAAGUGUAUCCAUCACGAUUCAGUACCGAUGACCACGUGGAACACUCGUCUAGCACGUCCGGAAGUGGGGAUGGGAAGGAUCACGACUCGGAUCGUCAGCGCAUAGCGAACAGGAGGAUCACUACAACGACGACUACCUACCGACCAAUAGCCGAGGAGCGUAUUUGGAACCAACCGUCGCAAAGAUCUAUUCCAUCCGAGCCGACAAGCCCACCGAAGCGUGUUUCGACCGUUCCACUGAUCGCCGACAAAGGCUUCACCACACUAGCGCCCAUCGCUCGCAGUACUACCGCGGGUGGCACUAACCGGGACCAGUACUUUGCCGGUGAUUACGCCUUCCUGCAGCACGAAAGUACACCCAAAGCUGGCCAAACGCACUACAUCAACAAGUACGAGGGAGACAUCUGCGGGACGGUUGUGCCGAAAGCGAAUCCCCUGGUAACGCACGGCACGGUGUCGGAGCGGGGCCAAUUCCCCUGGCACGGUGCACUGUACCGCAGUACGGUGACCGAGCUGAAGUAUCUCUGCGGGGCAACGCUGAUAUCGCGCCGGGCUAGCAUCACCGCGGCGCACUGUGUGACGCUGGAGAAAAGCUCCAAACCGGUCGAUGCGGGCAGUUUGCUGCUGUACUUCGGCAAGAUCGAUCUGAGCAAGUGGAACGGGCCAGAAGAGGACGCCCAGAUCCGGUCGAUCCACAUACCGGCCCAGUAUCAGCACGAGCGGUUCUUCAACGACAUUGCCGUGCUGGUGCUGAAGGAGGACAUCAAGUACAGCAACUUUGUGCGGCCCGUUUGUCUGUGGAACUUUGACGACGACUACAAGACGCUGAUCAACAAGAUCGGGUUCGUGCCGGGAUGGGGCUAUAAUGAGCAUGGGCUGGUCAGUUCGCGGCUCUCCUUCGCCCAGAUGCCGGUGGUGGCGCACGAAACGUGCAUCUGGUCGAACCGGGACUUCUUCAGCAAGGUCACCUCGGACACGUCGUUCUGUGCCGGGUUCAAGAAUGGCACUUCCGUGUGCAACGGUGACAGUGGCGGCGGCAUGGUGUUCAAGCACAACAACCUGUGGUACCUGCGGGGCAUAGUGUCGGUCAGUGCGGCGCUCCAGGAUCGGUUCCACUGCGACUCGAAGCACUACGUCGUGUUUACGGAUGCGGCCAAGUUUACGUCCUGGAUCAAGGGACUCAUCUCCUCGACUGCGCGUUCGCUUGACCAUUGCGACCGAUACGUCAUCAGUACGGAGCACACAGAAGAAGCAAAUAAUAAUAAAAAAAAACAGAUCAGUCAGUCAAAGAUGUUGCCCGAGACAUCACUGCUGUCGCUGAUCCUCGGGUGGACAGCCGCUGGCGCUCUCGCCACCUACAUACGCGUGGGGCAAAGUGCAGAAGUGCGCCUACCAACGCCACAAGCGACCAGCUGCAGUGAUCUGUUUACGAUCGAUCACGAAGAUGCGUACCGGAAGCAGUACGAGGGUACGCUGGUGCUGCGGCCCAACGUUACGAUCCGUUACGUCCAGAUGGUGGUGCAGUUUGAUCGUCAAGUGGAGCAACUCACGAAUUACUUUGGAAGAAUCAGCACCAUCGACCACCAGAGCUUUCACAUCGCCAAUCUAACGUACCCGUUACGCGCAGGCACAGUGGUCAAGAUCCCGCUAGAAGUGUCCUACACCACGGGUUCCCCUCCGGCGGUCAGCCGUAUCGAAGUCAACGGCGUUACGAUCUGUCCAGUGGGCAAUUUAAGGUAAGCGGGCAUAAGGCUGUGUGCGUCAAAAUCGAAGACUUUAUUCAACCGUCUUAUCACCUCCAGACCUUUGAUCAGGAAUUUCCGUGAUCCAUGGACGGGAUCGGUACUGCCGGGCGCGAGUACCACGACCCAGCCGGAAGUACACUCGAAAAAUGGAACCGCAGAACCGGCCCAUCAGUUCAACUCCUCCUGCCAGGCGAUUCGUACCGGGGUGAUCGUGUCGUCGGGCCGCUGGGACGCGGUUAUGAAUCUCGUGGCCGAAAACACGGUCGAUCGGGCGUUGAUAGAGAUCGUGUUCGAUCAGCCAGUGUACAUGUUGGGGAACCCUUUCGGCGAGGUGACGACGGAAGACAGCGUGCGGUUUAGGAUCGAAAACCGAACCUUCAUACUGGCGAAGGAUGCGGAGAUAGAGCUCAACUUCUUCAUCCGCUACAACCAGAUGGGACCGAUCCCGGACGUGGUGGAGGUGAAUUUCAACGGUCACAAUCACUGCCAACAACGAAGACGCCGUGUGUUGAACGAACCUGCCAGGGAGGAAGAACAUCGGAGAACCACAGGCAGGACUACCUCCACAACGGAACGUGCUACGGCGUGGGUAAAGUUGGAUCACACAACGGAAAGGACGCAUGAAAAUACCGGAUGGUCAUUGGAGCAGGAUGAGUGUGCAACAGUGUUGGAACCGGUCGGGACCCGUAUACGAUCGCGAAUCAUUGGUGGAGUUACGUCCAACCAGGGCGAACAUCCGUGGCAUGUGGCUAUCUAUCUGGAUGAGGAGUAUCAAUGCGGUGGCAGUAUCAUCGGACGACGCUGGAUCCUAACGGCGGCCCACUGUCUGACGCGCCAAAACACGAACGAAACGCUGGACGUGGAUCUGUUCCGGGUGUACACGGGCAUCAUAGAUAUCAGUACGAUCGAUGAUCACUUUUAUCGUACCGCCGAUGAGGUUAUUGUUCAUCGGGACUACAAUCCUGUGAUGUACACGACGGAUAUAGGGCUGCUACGGCUCAAGCGUAACAUCACCUACAACAGCUUUAUAAAGCCCGUCUGUCUCUACAAUCGUACGGUGGACAUUAGCACGUUCUAUGGCCGCGAGGGAAAGGUUACCGGCUGGGGAUUCAAUCGGGACGGCGUGAUCAGCAACGUGCUGAACUAUCUAGAGGUGCCGGUCGUGUCGCAAAAGAUGUGCUCCCAGCGGAAUGUACAGUUUAAUGGAGUACUGGCGGUAGGCGAAUCUUUCUGUGCCGGACAUGCCGAUGGCAACUCCGUGUGCAACGGGGACAGUGGCGGCGGAUUAGUGUUUGCCGAAGGCCCACGAUACUACGUCCGCGGCAUCGUGUCGAUCAGUGCCCAGCGUCGGAACUUACUGCUCUGCGAUCCGAACCAGUACUCCGUCUUUACCGAUGUUUCCAAAUUCCUCAACUGGAUACGGCAGCAAGUAUCGUAGAUAGGCGGGCCGGCGCGUUACUCUUUUAUGGAGAGAAAAUAUUUAUUUCAAUCGACACAGCAAAAAUAGAACAGAACAACGAUUAAUAAAAAUGCUUCUGCGCACAAAGCGGACACCGCGG